GGGGGCAGCGCAAAGCGAGCCAUGUGUGCGAGGCAGAAAGGAGACUGGGGCGAGCGCUGGUAAGCGAUCUAAGCGGAGCGCUGGCCGCCCAGAAUGGGACAGAUCGCGGACCGCUGCGGGCUUCGCGUCGCAGGACUUACAAAGCGCUUUGCUCGCCGCUGCCCCCUCAAGCGCAUCUGCUGAAAGCGGACAGGCGGACGGGGGGCGAACAAGAGAGGAAUGGCCGAUCCUCUGCGGAGGACCAUACUAGCAAAACUCCGUGGGAAGAAAUCCAAGAAAGGGAGCGCAGUUGCCGGAUUCAGCCUGUCGGCUAACGGGGGCGGAGAAGGUAAAGACGAACUUUUGCCAAAACGAAAGGAGCAGAAGCAACGAGCAAUAAUUAUACCUGAGUUAAGUGAUAUGCCCGACACUAUGUGGGGUGAGGCGAGCGUUUUUUACGGGGGAUUUAAUAAUAGCGACAUGGGUUUAGUGCGUGAGAAUACAAUGAUUAGCAAUGAAGUGUCCCAGUACGGGGCUUUCAUGGACAUUAGCUUCAGACUGGGGAAUGAUCGGGCCGGUGAAAACCUAGGAGUUAAUGAGGAGCUCCUGGGGGUCCGAGAUCAAAGGCAAACUUCGGCAACUGAGAGCGUCAAAAAUGCGGUGGGGUUUAAUAGGCAGGAGCUUCAUUUCGCCGGACAAGUGCGACCCGAUUGCUUUGGGAGUCGGGGACAGAAUCAGCACGCUGUCCCCGUGCGAAAGUAUUCACUUGGGGACUCUAUAGGAUUUGGGACGUGUGAAAAUUACACUGAAAACGGUAAAACGGUGCGUGCAGAUGUUAAAGUGACAGGCAGAGACGAAACUUUUUCGAAGAAUAAAAGCUGUGAAGAUGAUUUACGGAUCCCCUGCCAGGGAAGGGGUUUUAUCGAUGCCUUUGUGGUGAGAAACAAUGCCGGUAUGCGGACAAACGAUGCUAAUAAUGAGACGCAGACCUAUCGGUUUCAGGCUCCUGGGGUGUAUCAGUUUGAUCGUGAUAAAGUAGAGGAACACAUUUUGAUAAGAAAUAUAGAAAGUUACGGCAGUUCACCUGAACCCACCGGGUUGAAUAAAAUAAGUUUUCAAAAUACUGCGUUUUUCCCCACCGAGCUGCAGAUAUGCGAUGGGAACGAUCGUCCCCAGUGCGUUAGAGAUGGAGCCCAACGCCAUUCGUUAGACAGCGAAGACGACGAUUACUAUGAUAAUGAAAAUCUGCCUUUUUAUGAAUCUGAGUCUCAAAACAUUGAAAUUAACGAUGGAAAAAGUUCUGGUCAGUUUGAAGUCAGAAACUGCGGCAGUGCGCUGGAAACUGACAGACUUACGAUCCAGUUGAAAGAAGCCUACAAUUUACUAAUAAAUGCAAUGCAGGAUAUCCGUUUUGAUUGUCCAGUAGUGGUCAAUGGAUUCGCUGGCCAGACAAGCGCCUCUAGUCACUCUCAGGACAGUGUUUGUUCACAGUCCUCUGCAAAGGUCAUAGAUAGUGACGCAUGGUCUUCCGGAAAAAACAGUCCUCAGCAGCUGUCAGACACAGAUUCUUUAAUAUUGAAUUCAAUUAAAACUCAUGAGCCGUGUUUCAAGAUUUCCCUAAUCAGUAAGAGCUAUGAGAACCUGUCAGCUACAGAAGCGAGGCCACUUCUUCAGAGGUCUGUAAGUGAUGGUGCAAUAGAGUACCCCGUAAGUCUGUCAUGCACCAAAAGCCUCGCUUCCCAAAUUUGUGUUAUCCAUGACUGUGAGGAAUUGGCGUCUACAAUGGAUGGGCAUGAGGAAAAGUCAAUAUGUCAUGGGAUAAGCAGCAAUGAUCUUAUGGAGAAUGGCUGUGACGGUCUCCUGAAUGAGAGCAGUGGUUCCAAUAAUAGCCUUACCGGUUCAUCUGAUUGCGUGGAGACACAGGGCUGCAGACGUGAUUUAAACAGGGCCCAGGGGGUGUCCCCUAAGCCCCACGGGGUGACAGUCAACAAGAUGCAGGAAUGGAUGCACAAAGGACGCAUGCUGUCCUCGGAGAUGAGGCAGCGCCUCACGGGUUCGUCCCCCUGUGUCCAUGGCGCCUCUAGUCCACAGUCUGGCCAUGGGUUUUCAAACAGGACAAAAUCCAGCACCCAGACGACCAGCAUGCAAGGCAGAAAAAGAGUACCACAACAGUCAGCUCUCAUUGAAAACGUCCACAACUCCAUCACAGCCACCGUGGAGGUGAGAACCGGCAGGGCGAAUGAGCCUCCGCUAAACACCAUCACUGUGUCCAAGAAACGUAACUGGCUGCAGCAGAGUUCAGUGAAGAGUCUCUCUGCUGAGGGUAGCAUGCUGCUGGAGGAGGAUGAAGCCCGGGGGGCUAAAUCUGCUAGCACUUUAUCCGAGGCCCACUGGACGAAUCUCACAGCACCAUCAUUGGGCCUCUGCAAACAGCCAUGUCCGCAGCCAGCUCACACCGCGGUGAGCCAAGACGAGAGCACCCCCCAGCCCGGGUCUGCAGACCCAGCUGAGGAGAACGACGCAGACGACGAAGGAGAGAUCUGGUAUAACCCCAUUCCCGAGGAUGAGGAGCUGGACCUGCCCCGUGACCCGGCGGUACGGCCGCAGGCACCCCCCGGGUCAGAACCACAGGGCCCCCGGGGCACACCGAGCGGAGGGGAUGCGGGGAGGAUUCGAGGGCCGUCUCCGACCAGUCCGGAAGGCACAGACGAGUGUCAGGGUGGCCUGGGGAAUGAGGCAGGUCACGCAAAUGCCGUACAUUCCAGCGAACCAGCACAGCUGCACAGGCAGAUGUUUGUGUGCAAGGCGUCAGAAGGGAGACCCACGCCCAGGGCAGCAGCCCUAGAUACCAUUGAAGGGCCCGGUUCUGGUUUUUCGCCUCCGUCAAGCCCCAACCCCACAAAGAAGGGCGGUUCAAUCAACUGGUCUUUCCCAGAAAAGAUCAAGUCUCCACGCACAGUGAGGAAGCUCUCCAUAAGGAUGCGGAAGCUUCCAGAACUGAGCAGGAAGCUGAGUGUGAAAGGAGCCUCCACGGUCAACCAGGCAGAGCCACGACCCUUAGGACCCAAACUGAACCAUGUCGUGGACCCUAGCCAGUCUCCCCCAUGCCGCCCAUCCAGGGGCGGCCAGACAGCAGCUAGCAGAAACGUCAUUUCCCGCUACCACUUAGACAGCAGUGUUUCCACACAGAACAAUUACAAAAAGAAGAGUAGUCAAGGCUCAAAGUCUGCCAGUAAAGGAGGGUACCUCAGUGAUGGUGACUCCCCGGAGCUGGUAGCCAAGUCAGGGAAACAUGGUUGGGAAGGUAAAGGAGGGAAGAGCAAGGAGUCCCCAGCGAGCAUCAUCUCGAAGCCGCAUGGCUCCGAGCUGGACAUUGACGCUUUCCGUCACUAUAGCUUUGUGGACCAGCCGAAGUGCUCGCAGUACAUCUCAGGCCUUAUGAACCUGCACUUCUAUGGGGCCGAGGACCUGAAGCCACCACGCAUGGAUUCUCGAGAAGUCUUCUGUGCCAUCCAAGUGGAUUGUGUCAACAAAGCCCGCACAGCCCUGCUUACCUGCAGGACCACCUUCCUGGACAUGGACCACACCUUCAACAUUGAGCUGGAGAACGCUCAGCACCUCAAGUUGGUGGUGUUCAGCUGGGAGCCCACACCACGCAGGAACCGUGCCUGUUGCCACGGCACCGUGGUGCUGCCCACGCUCUUCAGGGUCAGCAAGGCCCACCAGUUGGCCGUCAAGCUGGAGCCGCGGGGCAUCAUCUACGUGAAGCUCAACCUAAUGGAGCAGUGGAAGAACUCGCUGGAUGGGCCUGACGACGGCGAGCACGAGUCUCAGGUGUUCGGGGUGGAGGUGUGGAAGGUGGUGGAGCGGGAGAAUGUCGGACUCAUGUUGCCCGUGCUAAUUGACAAGUGCAUCACAGAGAUUGAGAAGAGGGGGUGUCAGGUGGUGGGUCUCUAUCGCCUCUGUGGUUCGGCAGCGGUGAAGAAGGAGCUGCGAGAGGCCUUUGAGAGGGACAGCCGGCUUGUGGAACUUUCCGAGAACCUGUACCCUGAUGUCAAUGUCAUCACAGGUGUUCUGAAGGAUUACCUGCGGGAGUUACCAUACCCCUUGAUAUCCAAGAAUUUGUAUGAAGCUGUUCUCGACUCUAUGGCUAAGAGGCCCCUGCGGAUCGGUGCCAAUGGGAACGAGAAUGACCACUCAGACUCUGAGCACACUGUCGGUCUCCUGGAAAUCCUGCCUGAAGUCGAGAAGGCUACCUUACGGAGGUUGCUUGACCAUUUGAAGCUGGUGGCCUCUCACCACGAGGUGAACAAAAUGACCUGCCAGAAUCUGGCCGUGUGCUUCGGCCCGGUGCUACUCAGCCAGAGGCAAGAGGCAUCCAGCCAUAGCAAACGGGUUUUCAUUGACUCGGAGGAGCUGGCCAGUGCCUUGCACUUCAAGAAGCACAUCGAGGUGCUGCAUUACCUCCUGCAGCUAUGGCCAGUCAUAGACUCCCAAAGCGCAGCGGCCUCUCCGGUGAAGGAGCCCCCAGCCGAGGUGGCUGUUGCCCCCCAGUACUUGCGCAGGCGCAGGGAGCGUCCACAGGUGCUGAACGUGAGCGAGGAGGAGAUUGCAGGCGUGCUCCGGCCGAAACCUGGCCGCUUGGACAGUCCCAGCAACCGCUACGCGGGGGACUGGAGCCGCUGUGGAGAGAGCUACCUGCAGCCACUGAAAGCGCCGGUCAGCGAGGACGUCGACUAUGACGACGUGCCGUCGGAGGAUGUGCAGGACACAGGCGAUCUGCAAGAGAAGCCAGAACAGGCGCCUCCAGCAGAAGAGGAGAAGGGCGGACGUCAGGGUGAAGAACAGGGCGAGGAGAGCAGCUCAGUGGACGUCCGAGCGCACGUUCCUACCGGUCCCGUUUUUACAACCCAGCAGCACCUAGUCAACGAGCACAGGUACCAGGCGUUUGUGAAGAUCCAGAACUUUACCCCAGUCCUAAGUAACAGGGUCAACCUCAAGGAUCUGCAGGAGAGCAUCGACACCCUUAUCGGCAACUUGGAGAGGGAACUGAACAAAAACAGAAUAAGUGUUGGCUAGCAACGAUGCUAACCAGCAAACCAUGCAUCAGAAUUGCAAGUUAAUGGCUCAGGGCUGGCCAUGACAGUGUUCUAAACUUCAGAACAAGGGUGUAUCUGGAAGUUCCCUUGUUCUGUAGAACAUUCAUCCUUUGUGGUUUUCGUCAUCUGUUACGGGCACCCUGCAGUGCUUUCUUUUUAACAUUGCAACUGCUCCUCUUCAUCUUCUUCUUAUUAGAAGAAUUCAUUAACCCUAUGGGGUAUUAAAGGUGCCUUCAUUGUUAAAGGUUGUACAGACUGAGACAUUUUUUUUUAAAAGAUGUACAGUUUAACGUAAACUGAUGCACUUAAAAAGCAGACUUUGGGAGAGCAUGUUUAGAUGUAGUGGUCUUGAAAUAUUGUACAGGAUAAUGAACCUUUAGCACUAGAUUUUGGAGCUCAGCAAAUGACAGAUACUAGGGUACUAGGGUAAAUUAGUAAGUGUCCACUAGGUGUUCAUAGAUGCUAUUCUGUUUUAAAAGCUAAAGAUGUAUAUUCUACGAUAAAAUGUUUCUUUAUAUUACUGUACAAAAUAUAGUUUUGUACUUUUUUUAACUGUAUAUUUUUGAUAUAUCACAAAAUAUCAGAGCAAAAUACUGUUUCUAAAAAAUUAGUUCACAUUUCGUACAGAAAAUUAUUUUGAUAAAGACCUCAUUUAUAACAGCUAUAAUAGUAAGUUUGGUACCUAAUGAAUGAAAGUCAUCCAGGGAUAAAGAAUUAUCAGUAUUUUUCAUAAAGAGACAUGCAUACAUCUGGGAUGUACAUUAUUUAACGUUAUUACCAUAAUAUAAUUUCUAUCAUUGGAAUGUUUAUAUAUAUUGCUUAAUAAAAAAUAUGCCCCUUUGUUUUACUA